GCAUGCCCACUCCCCGGCAGCAAAUGUUGGCAAUUCAAAAACUCGACCAUUUUUCCCGGACGUGUUUGACGAUCUUCUGGCGGUUUUCAUGACCUUCCGGCGGGUUCCUGGGUCGCGUUUGUGUCCCGAUGUAGCCAGAAGAACCCAUACAGCAUGAAGGAGAUGGUUGGCGGGUGCUGCGUUUGCUCAGACGAGCACGGUUGGGCAGAGAACCCGCUGGUGUAUUGUGACGGGCACGGGUGUAAUGUGGCUGUCCAUCAAGCGUGUUACGGAAUUGUACAAGUUCCAACGGGGUCAUGGUUUUGUCGGAAAUGCGAAUCGCAGGAAAGAGCAGCACGCGUGAAAUGCGAGCUGUGUCCUCACAGAGAGGGAGCACUCAAGAGAACAGACACAUCAGUUGUUGUCACCAAAACACCCGGUAAAGCAUCGAAAGACAAAAAGGACGCGUCCAACACAGAGAUAACCUGGAUCAAGGCUUCGAGCUGGGCCCAUGUGAUCUGUGCUCUGUACAUCCCAGAGGUCCAGUUUGGAAAUGUUGCCACCAUGGAACCUAUCAUCCUAACUAUGGUGCCAAACGACAGGUUUAACAAGAUAUGUUACAUCUGCGAGGAGUCUGGACGAGAGAGCAAAGCGAGUUCAGGCGCGUGUAUGACAUGUAACAAGAACGGGUGUCGACAGUCCUUCCAUGUUACAUGUGCUCAGAUGGGAGGUCUUCUCUGUGAAGAGCAGGGGAACUACCAGAAUGUGAAAUACUGUGGCUACUGCUCACAUCACUACUCCAAACUGGUGAAAAAUGAACUUGGUUUUCUACAAGGUCCAGUCGAUCCACAACAGCCAAAGAAAGAUUCCAACAUCAAGCCCAUCCCAGCGUUUAGAUACCAGCUGUCGGACUCCUACACAUCCCCGGACCGCCCCACCCCGGCGCCGUCAAAACCCCAGCAGAGACAUAAAAAAGCCGACCGUGAGAAAACGGUGAAACCCAAGAAGUUAAAAGUGGCGGAGACGGCCACGACGUCGGCCCCGGACACCCCUCCUAGCUCCAGCCCGGCAGGGAUGAACAGUAUGUUUAGCAGCUCGCUCAGGAGCUUGGAAGAAACUACGCAGAAGUUCACGAGCGCGAACUUUAUCGAGAGUCCCGGACCUCCCCAGCUGACGCCCAUCCAGCCGAACUACGAAGGCCCGCCGGUUGUGCUGAAGAAAAAGCCUGGGAGAAAACCGAACAGCGCAAAAAACGCGAACCAGAACCACAAUCAGGACAAAAACUCGGAAAGCUCCAUCACGUCCGCGUCAGAAUUCCACGGGUUCACCCCCAUGGACACGAGUCAGGAUUCCGACAAGCAGUCGCGGACGUCGGACGACAAUAACUCCAAGCCUCCCACGCCGCAGCCCCGGCCGCCAUCUUUGACAUCAAACCACUCCAGCGCGUCGGGUCCCUCAGAGCCGGCCAAUCAGAGAGUGGCUACGCCCGUCUCCGUGGCAGCGACCACGGUUUCUGUGACGACCACGUCAGCCAUAUCAACCACGCUGUCGAAAUCGGCCGUUUCCCCACACCAGGCGUACGAGAGCAGUUUCCAGGACUUUAUCAAAUCCAAAUACGGCACGGCCGCCUCCAACUUGGGCUCUCCCUCCAGCACCACCACAGCGGUCGCUACAGCAACAACGACAACAACAACGGCCGCGUCACUAACACCAGAAAUCUCCGCCACGAUCACCUCCCAGGCUGUCAAGCGGCCGCGGGCCGCCAAGUCAGGCGACAAACCCGAGAAGAAAAAGCACAGAAUAAGCAAGAAGAAGCACGACGGUCCCGGGAGACCCCCCAAGACGAAAACAGUGAAAGAGCUGGUGACCAUGCAGCAACAGGCAGUGGAGAACGCGCAGCGGGCGCUGCAGAGCCCCACGGGCAUCCAGAGCGGGUACUCCAACCGGGACAACGUGACCACUAUGUACGCCAGCGCGCUGGGACAGCAGAACGGCCCGCUGUCCCAGGUUUCACCCACGCAGUCUACCUCAUCCAACACCUCUCCCCGUAUCCCCUCAGUGCCAGGACCCAGAGAGGUGGAAGUUCAAACAGAUGGCCAAAUCCGGUUCUCGUACAUACCCCUCGACGGCGGUUUGCUGAGCCAGAUGCAAGCGAGGGACACGCGCCCUGCCCACCCCUACCAACUCAACAUGAACCAUGCCACUUUCUCCAGUGAACUGCUCAGAAGAAGAGAUUUGGAUGGGGCGUCUGUGCUUGACCCCCCCACCCUGUCCACCCCUGGUGUUACAGCGCUGAACGGACCCAGACACCCGUCAGGUGGCUCAUCACGGGGCCCGUUGUCGCCUAGGUUUUCAGACGGACCCAACCAUUCCAUGCAACCUUUCCCCACCAGUAUUGAACAGUUGCUGGAGCGGCAGUGGAAUGAAGGGUCCCAGUUUCUCAUGGAACAGGCUGCGCACUUUGACAUUCGGCAAGUUGCCACGCUGCUGUCGUGCCUGCAGCAGCUGCGUCAGGAGAACCAGCGGCUGGAGGAGCACGUCCACACGCUCCUGGCCCGGCGGGACCACCUCCUGGCCGUCACCGCGCGGCUGUCUGUCCCUCUCAACGCACAGGCCACCCCGCAGACUUCUCCCGGAAACAACCCACUGCAGGAGAUCGCGCUGCAACAACAGAACGGAAACCCUCAUCGCAACGCGACAGGGAACUCUCCCGCCUCGUUACCGAGCACCCCGUUACAGAACCAGCUCUCCGGGGGUGGGGUUGGGGAGCCCCACCCCUCCCCGGUACAGGGGCGGUCCCCAGGGUCCAACCCCGGGCCCAGUCCCCACCGUAACGUCCACCCGGAGCUCGGCCUCUCUAUGCAGGACUUGAACCAGCUCUCCGCGGGAAGGAAGUCGAAAAGUCCAGCCGGGUCCUCACAGAGAUCCAACACUCCGCAGCAAUCCAGAGUCGCAUCCACAAACAGGUCAACCCCAAACCACCAACUAAACUUGACCUCCAAGAACAUUUCUUCACCAAACAUGGUGGGACACGAGCCCUCCAUGUUGAAUCACGUGGCCGACAACAGCCCCGAAUCCAACCCAAAUCACAAGAAGUCCAGCACGAAUCUAGGCCAGCUAACAGGACAGGAGUCCCACCCACACCCCUCCGUCAUCAGUGAGAUAGCCAAAGGUCACGGUCAUGUCAACCAGGCCAAAGGUCAGGGUUCACAGGACAACCCGGGUCAUCACCCUGGCAUGAAGGGUCCAGGUCAUCUCGGAGAAAUGAUGCCAGGAGCAGGGGUGCCAGUCAUGAUGGCUGGAAGGGAGAUGGGGACACUACAGAUGUUAUCGGAGCAGCAGAGACAGGCGCUGUUCUACCAGCAACAACAGAUGAGUCAACUUCUACAGCAGCAACAACAGCUUAGUCCGGAGCUGGUGUACCAGCUGAUGCACAGACAGAUGGUAGCAGGGAUGUUACAGCAGGGGAUGGGACCGGGGGACGGGCACGGACCUGCCGGCAUGCCACAACUGGACGGACAUGGGCCCCAGGACAGUACAGCAAAGAAGUCCGAGAAAAGCAAAUCUGGUAGUCAGAAGAACAAGAAAUGACCCAAAGCCAUUUGGUAGUCACAUGACAUUGACAUCAUUCAGGACACCCUUCCAGUCUUGUAGGCAGCUGAUUGGCCAGUUGUGCUGGCGGCUGUUUGGUCAGUUAGGCUGGCAGCUGAUUGGUCAGUUAUGCUGUCAGCUGAUUGGUCAGUUAUGCUGGCAGCUGGUUUGCCAAUUCUGCUGGUAGCUGAUUGGCCAGGUUUUCUGGCAGCUGCUUGGCCAAUUGUGGUGGCAGCUGACUGAUUAUCAAACAGUCAGAUGUACAAACAGCUGAUUGGUCAGUGGUGCAAGUAGCCGAUUGGUCCGUGGUGCAAGCAGCUGAUUGGCCAGUUUUGCAAAAGAUAUUCCUCCUCCUACCUCAGUAAAAGGGAGUCCUCGGGUGUAACCAAGCCACAAACCUGGUCUCUUUGCUUCGCUGUUUAAAAUUUUGUAUACAGGGAGAGUGUGGGUCCUCAGGAAGGCACAAUCAGGAAGAAACUGUUGUAUAAGCUGGUUCAUGGUUCGAACUGCAGAUUCGCAAAGUCAAAGGUGAAUACUACUAACAUGUAAACAGUCAGUAUCUAGAAGACUAUGCUUGGUACAUGUCCAGAUGUGUUUUGGUUAUGUCUCGGUGGCCCUCAACUUUGACAUGUGGUGUAUUACGGGUAAUGCACCACACUGCAUGUGCAAUUUAAACCACGAGCCAGCUUACACAGGACACCCUCUGUAACUGUUGUAGAGCCGUAGAAUGAAUUCCAUGUUGUAUGGUCGCAUCCCAAAAAUUCCUUAACAUGUAAAUGAACUCAGCACCACAAUUUUUUAAAGAAAAAUUUGCAUUUGAAAGUGUGCUAAGUUGUCUGCAGUAACAAAAUAGGGCUGCAUACAUGAUGUACAUGUGUUAAAUUUUAGUUUUAAUUCAAUGUUACAGAGCAGCUUUAGGUGUAAUAGAAUGUAGAUAUCAGGCACUCUAAACUUCGGACAGCUUGUUUUAGACCAAAAGCCUUAUUUAGCCAGUCUUAAAAGAUCCCAGCUAUCCAUUGUACUAAACCUUAUGUUGGUUAUAGAAGAUAGGAGCUUUGAAAUAGUCAUGUGGCCCUCUCCAAAUUUCUGAAUUCCGAGGUCUUAAUGUGAAGAAGUAAUAUCCAGAUAUCAGUUGCUGUAUGCCUGGGGCUAUUUGGUAAUUACUUUUUUAAGUUACGAGUUUGACAUCUACAUCAUCAUUGGCAGCUUCUUCUUUUUUUUUCAAUUUCGUUACAUUUUUUCCAUUCCUUUUUUUGUUACAUAAACCAAUGAAGAACUAAAAUUCCCUUCAGAAAAAUGAUCAUGGACUAUGAAUUUCCUCCCAUAAACUUUGGAAAAGACACAGGUUAUAAUUAGUUGUUUAUUGUCUGAGAUAGAAUAAGAAAAUGACUACUUAAAAAUGAAAUAUAGCAGAAAAUUGAUCCCUGAUGACUACUUGUCAAGGUAGCUUAAAGCCCUCAGCAUAAAGCCCUCAGAAAGAAUAGUUGAAUUUACAUGUGUUACAGUAACCUUCAGCAUGUACCCACAAUCCUUAACCAACACAACUUGGGUACCAAAGGCUAUGUCAGCAGUGAGGGUGUUAAGUUCUUUAUUACUUGACAAAGUGUCUUGUCAUUUCACCUGACAAGGCUUACCACAUAAAAUUUAAAGAAAAAACUGUCAUUUUCUACACAUUGAACAAAAAAAUCUUAGACUUGAGACUUCCGGGAAUCAUUUGGGGUUUUUAUGAUCUUGAAGCUUACCCCCUUUCCAGUGUCUGACCUUUUGUCAUUCUGCCUGUCAAUCUUUCCCACCCAUGUGCUGUCAGCAUACAUCAUUGUGGGAGGGGGGAUUUGAUUUGACUUAUGUGUUGCUCAAUGUGUAGCAUGUAAUAUAGCAACUGUUGGGGUUUUGUUACAUUUUAGGGGCAUGCGGGUUACAAAGAAAAUGUUGCAACAUAGUACAGUGAACUUUCAGGUGGUCAUUAUAAAGAGGAUGUCAAGACAUUUAGCCAUGAAAAAAUACUUUCAUCCACAUUCAAGUUGUUACUCAGCAAUAGAAGAAGAGAUAUUUACAUGAAUUUUUAGCAUGGCUUUUAACACUGCAAAUUGAAAUUGUUUGGCUACCUGAAGAGGGACUGAAAGAAUAUUUUGACAUGAAAGAAGGUCUGCUAUACAUUUUUUGUUGGUACAUGUAUUUCAUAUUUGUCUUAAGCAAAGAGUACAGAUACAAAGAGUACAUUCAAAGAGUACAGCAAAAUGCUAGCAGCUGUCAAAAAGACGGAAAUAAUUUGAUUAGUAACUUGGAAGUGAAGUUGAUGGUAUGGAAAAAGUAGUUUGCGACCCUCGUAUUACACUGCCAUACUAUUCUGUUGCCUAACCCCGUAUUCAUUGGAAUGUUGGUGUCAUUUAAGGCCACUUUUGGUAAACAGUAACUUGCCAUUUCUCUGACUUAGAACCCAGAAAACCCUGGAUGUUACCAGUGCAAAACCCCAUGUAUUUCUUUCAUCCUCAUACAUCUUAAUUUUGUAUGCAAAACUUGGUGCAAACUAUGUAUAGACUAGUUUUGUCCAUUGGUAGUUAUUUUUUUUAUCUGGACAGCAAUUUUCUGAAAAGUUAUGAACUAAUGUCACUCCUGAGCAAUUUUGUAUGUUGCUGUACCACUGAAAACAGUAGUGACCAACUGGAAUAGAUGUAUCUGUAUAUAUGUGUGUAUGAACUGUAUUGUAGGCUUUGGUACUUUAGUAGUCUAGUACAUGUCUGUCUGUCAUUGGUUCAAUGUGACUUAACUUAUCACAAUUAGGAGGAAAAUAAUGUGUUUGUGGGGUGUUUUGUAAGCAAAAAACUGUCCGUCAUUUAAUAGUGGAUAGUUCCAUCUAUACUGUACAUAAAUUUAGACAGCUAGGUAGCUUUUUAUAUGAGUCAUGCAUGGAUGUCAUCUGAAUUUUUGGGUAAGCCUGACUUUUGUUUUAUUCCAUUUUGUAAAUGAAAUGCAAACUGCUGAUUUUGGUUCCUUAUUAAAGGGGCAAUUACAAAGUACAGUGUACUUUAGAGUUGGUUUUGCUACAUACAAUUUUACAUGUUUGUGUAUCGUUCCAGGAGAGAUUCUGCUGCAUAACCAUUUGGUAAACCGUAGUCCAUGUGCGUGUCUAUAGGAAACUUUCUAAGCCCUUGAUGUAUAUUAAAAAGCAAAAAUCAUAUGAUGAUGACCCACAAUAUUUCUAGUAUCCUGUAUACAAUGUGGGGAAAAAAUUCCUAGUCAAACUACUGCCAAAACAUUUCCUAGAAGUGGUGAUGUUAUAGCUUCCAUGUACAGUGAACUUUGGUAUCGUGAUGCUAGCAAACCACCGACUGUAAAGAGUACAGAGAGCUGUCAGGUUGGGAUGAUAUAAAACACCUUUUCUUCUUA